CCCGGCUCACGUGAUCUCGCCUAGGGAGAGAAAGUCUGACCCCGUCUCUUGCGCUCACCGGCGUCUUUCCGCAGCUCUCGGUCCCCCGCGGAGUGUGGCGGCCAUGCGGCUCCCGUCGGCAGCCGGGCCCCGGCCGGAUCGUCCCCGCCGCCUGCCCGCGCUGCUGCUGCUGCCGCUGCUAGGCGGCUGCCUGGGGCUCGUGGGGGCGGCUCGCAGGCCCAACGUGCUACUGCUGCUCACAGACGACCAGGACGCGGAGCUCGGCGGCAUGAUGCCACUGAAGAAAACCAAGGCCCUCAUCGGAGAGAAAGGGAUGAGUUUCUCCAGCGCUUAUGUACCUAGUGCUCUUUGCUGCCCCAGCAGAGCCAGCAUCCUGACUGGCAAGUACCCCCACAACCACCACGUCGUUAACAACACUUUGGAGGGGAACUGCAGCAGCAAGUCCUGGCAGAAGAUCCAGGAGCCGUACACGUUCCCAGCGAUCCUCAGGUCGGUGUGCGGCUAUCAGACCUUUUUUGCUGGGAAGUAUUUAAACGAGUAUGGAGCCCCAGACGCAGGCGGACUGGAGCACAUUCCUCUGGGCUGGAGUUAUUGGUAUGCCUUGGAAAAGAAUUCUAAAUACUAUAACUACACCCUCUCCAUCAAUGGGAAGGCACGGAAACAUGGUGAGAACUACAGUGUGGACUACCUGACAGAUGUUCUGGCCAAUCUCUCCCUGGACUUCCUGGACUACAAGUCCAACUCUGAGCCAUUCUUCAUGAUGAUCUCCACCCCAGCGCCCCACUCACCGUGGACAGCCGCACCUCAGUACCAGAAGGCUUUCCAGAAUGUCAUCGCACCAAGAAACAAGAACUUCAACAUCCAUGGGACGAACAAGCACUGGCUAAUCAGGCAAGCCAAGACUCCUAUGACAAAUUCGUCAAUACAGUUCUUAGAUGACGCCUUCAGGAGGAGGUGGCAAACCCUGCUCUCAGUUGACGACCUUGUGGAGAAACUGGUGAAGAGACUGGACUCGACCGGCGAGCUGGACAACACAUACAUCUUCUAUACCUCAGACAACGGCUACCAUACAGGGCAGUUCUCUUUGCCAAUAGACAAACGGCAGCUGUAUGAAUUUGAUAUCAAAGUUCCACUGUUGGUUCGAGGGCCUGGGAUCAAACCAAACCAGACAAGCAAGAUGCUGGUCUCCAAUAUUGACUUGGGUCCCACCAUCCUGGACCUUGCUGGCUAUGACCUGAACAAGACUCAGAUGGAUGGGAUGUCCUUGCUGCCCAUUCUGAAAGGAGACAGAAACUUAACCUGGAGGUCAGACGUCCUAGUGGAAUAUCAAGGAGAAGGCCGGAAUGUCACCGACCCAACCUGCCCUUCUUUGAGUCCAGGAGUGUCUCAAUGUUUCCCGGACUGUGUGUGUGAGGACGCGUACAACAAUACAUAUGCCUGUGUGCGGACACUGUCGCCCGUGUGGAACCUCCAGUACUGUGAGUUCGACGACCAGGAGGUAUUUGUCGAAGUCUAUAAUAUAACUGCAGAUCCAGACCAGAUCACCAACAUUGCCAAGAGUAUAGACCCCGAGCUUUUGGGAAAGAUGAACUAUCGGCUGAUGAUGCUCCAGUCCUGUUCUGGGCCAACCUGUCGCACUCCAGGGGUCUUUGACCCUGGAUACAGGUUUGACCUGCGCCUCAUGUUCAGCCAUCACAGCAGCGUCAGAACAAGAAGGUUCUCGAAGCAUCCUCUGUAGCAGCUGUGGCCAGCCUCUGCAGUUGGAUCCUUGCACACCCUUUUCCGGUGAAGUGGUUGGAGUAGGAGCCCGUGCCUCGGGGAGCUCCGGCCUUGCUGUUUCAAGUCUUGUUUGAAAAAUAACCCAGUCAGCUGACUUCCAGUACUGUGAAUCUGCCCCUGUCACAAGUGGCUGACCCUGUCUCUCCUCAAAUGACAACCACCGCUCCUUGUCCCUUCAUCUUGGCCGGGCACAGUGUAUGUAUGAGUCCCCACAUGGUCAAGUCUGAAUCUAAAACUCUUCAGAUAAAUGGCAAUACUUUAGGGCAGAGAGAUAAAGCCUUCUGGUAUGUAGCUGGCCCCCAAAUCAAAAGCACUGCAUAGCAUUUCACACUGAGCCCCUCACCAUCAAAAACACACACAGCCCUGAAAAGAGCUGCUGUUUGUGGAUACAGAGAGAAAGGACAUUCAUGACAUCCAUUGUGGUGUGGCAAAUGUGCGACUUGUCACUCAAGCUCUGCCCUAAGAAGCCCUCAGCUUUUCGGUGGCUCCAACCACCGAGAGAGCCCAGAAGCACUGUGGAGAAGGAACCGCCAGGGGGAGGGCCAGAUGCACCUCGUGAGCAAACAGAUUGGGCUCUUGGUGGAUCAGUGGGCUGAACGGCCGCACUUAGAAGUGCCUGUCCGGAAGGUUCUCAGGUGUCAGUGCCACACACAAGUCAUCCUGCCUGGCUGCAAUUAGCUGACGUUGUCAUUGAAAAUCUUAGUGUCUCCUGGUGGAGUGAAGGACCAGCUGCUUCAUCCCACUCCCUGCUCUCACAAAAGCGCAAGUUUCCGGGCUUGACUAACUAGGGCUCCAGUCAGUAUUCCCCUGGUCAAGGCUCUCCGGUGCCCAGACAACAUUCUGUUCCGUAAAGUACAGUUCUGCUCAGACGUGUCCACAGAAGGCUGGGUGCUGGCAGGACAGCACCAAGUGGAGAAGCUCAGUUCCAUCCUGUUGUAGGCAGUGAGCAGGGUUAGCUUUACACAGCCUCUGUCUAGCUUUAACUUGUGAGACAGUCACCUUCAGAAUUCCAGAGGCCAUGUUAGGGUAACAGCCAUUGAGUUUAUUCCUUUACCUCAUGUGACCCCAGCAACUUUGCUGAUAGUGAGAGGCCAGCAGGCAGUGGAACGGAGUGACUCCUCUGCCGUGGCCACUUUAGAGGGGGGAAAGUUUAAGUUUUAGACUAAAAGUUACAAAAUUGAACAUGGAUACCAGCCUUCAUUCACUCCACUUGGAUUCUAAACAUCACCAGUGAAAUAGUGAAAGUUGCCGGGCGGUGGUGGUGCACGCCUUUAAUCCCAGCCACUUGGGAGGCAGAGACAGGCGGAUUUCUGAGUUUGAGGCCAGCCUGGUCUACAAAGUGAGUUCCAGGACAGCCAGGGCUACACAGAGAAACCCUGUCUCAAAAAACCAAAAAAAAAAAAGAAAGAAAGAAAUAGUGAAAGUUAACCACAGUUGUUCCCAAAUAAAGGUAAACAGCUCCUACCAGGCAUCGGACUGUAAUGUCAUAUUAUUUAGUUUUAUGGCUGGCUCCUGAAAGCAGGUGCCAUCAGAGUAUAACAGCUGCAGUAGGUGUUCCUACCUCGAUGCUCUCACUCACAGGUGACACAAUCGGGUGGUGGGACCUGAAAUCCUCUCUGUACCUCCUAGUUAAAGACUGUUCCUGCAAACAUUCAAGUAGACCUCAGCUUGUAACAGACUGCAUCAUGCAUGGCCUCCCACCCACAAGAGACGCACUGCAGGAGGCCGCCCUCUUUCUCUGUGCUCAGAGUUUUGACAUCUUUGAAGGCUGGGUCCAUGUGUACCAGUGCUCUUCAAAAGGGAGAAAUGAUAAGACCAACAUGGAAUGCAGGGAUGCCUUAUAAGAUUUCCAUUUUAAAACUGCCCCUCAGACACAAUUUCAAAGUAAGGUACACAUUAGAGUGUCUUUGAAUUCAACAAGUGGUACUGCUGCAAACACCUCCUGAAUGGCCAGCACCAGGGUUUUUGUAUAAAAAUAGUAAGAGUGGCUGUGGAAGUCCCACUUCACCUGUAGGAAGUCUUCUCAAAUUCAGCAUCUUUAUCUUCUCAUGUUUCUAAUGAAAGAUGGCAGCCCAGAAUCCUCCAGAAAAAGCAAGGGGCAUCAGCUGAUCACUGCUGGGAAUGAAGAGUGUCCUGGGGUUCUUUAGCUCACCAGCACUUUACGCUCAAUGGACUUUGUAAAUUCUUUUCUUAGUGUCACCUGUCAUAGAAGCUCCUCUGCUCUGGAGCUGUCAUCUCAGCCGCUCACUUAGAAAGUGCCCUUCAACGGACCCUGUUCACUGCUGCACUUCUCAAUGAAUUAAAACUGACUUCUUCUAGUGGGAA